GCUGGUCGGAGCGCGUUGCAGCCGCUCGGCGUAGGGGAAUGUGGUAGCAGCAUCCUCCCGGGCGCCGCUUUCACGCGGCGGUGGGGUUUCCUCUGCCCUGAUACCUCGUUUGCCUGAAGCGGCGGGUGCCAGGAUCGGGGUGGGUAAGGGAAUGCUGCGGACCGGGCUCCUUAGCCGAGAGCUGUGUGUGUAGGGUCCUUCCGAGCCAGUGGGAGGCUGAGGAGCGGCGGGGGCUGCCGGUAAUGCCCGUCCGAGCAUCCGCCUGGUGAUGGAAGAAGCAGCUGCCGCCGCCGCCGCCGCUGCAGGGUCGCGGUGCGCCCCAUCCACCGCCGCCGGAGAGAUGGAGAGAGUCCCGGCGCGGAGGCCCAGAGCGAGAGAGGCGGAGCCGCUUUGCCGGGAGCUGGGUCUCGUUUAAGCCCCCUCCCCCUCGCCUCCCCCGGUGGGCAUCGGCCCCCGGAUCGAGGAAGGAAGCUGCGGUCGGGAGAAGGAGGGGGGAUACGCAGCAGGAGCCGGGCGCACUGGGCUCAGCGGAGAGCGGAGCAGACAGAGCUCCUGGCCGGGUGAAAGUUUCCCUUCCCAACCGCAGGGCGCUCGCUUCCCGGAAACUCUGCCCCAGGCUUGGUCUGCCGAGUUCCGUGGCCCCCUCGGAGGCACGGGGACCCACAGUGGAAGUCAGCAGGCGAGAAAUCGAGGAAGGAGUAACAACAGCUGGACAGACCGCCGGGCCGCGAUCUGGGGCCUCUCCGGGUCGUGCCCGCAGCUCCAGGUCUUUCUAGGAGCCGCUGCCAUGGGAGAGCCAGCCCUGGGCGCUGAGGACCAGCCGCCGCUGCUGCCGCGCCCGCCUAGGAGCCGCGGCCCCAGUUCUCGCGCCCGAAGCCGGCCCGCUGCGUCCUCCUCCCGGGCUGCAGGGCCGCCUUCGCCGCGCCGUGGGCCCGGGCUGUGCCUGUGAUGAGCCGCAGCCCGCUGGGAGCCCUGUCCCCGGGCGCGCCCCCCAGGUUGCUCCCGGCCGCGCCUGCCGCCGCGGCGCGCGCCCUGCUCCCGCCGUGGCCCCGGCGCCCGGGCCGCCGCUGGCCCGCGUCGCCGCUCGGAAUGAAGGUGUUCCGUAGGAAGGCGCUAGUGCUGUGCGCGGGCUAUGCGCUGCUGCUUGUGCUCACCAUGCUCAACCUCCUGGACUACAAGUGGCACAAGGAGCCGCUACAGCAGUGCAGCCCUGAUGGGCCGCUAGGUGCCGCGGCGGGGGUGGCUGGGGACAGCUGGGGGCGCCCGGGGCCGCCUCCAGCUGUGUCGCGCCGCGCACACACCCGCUUGGAUCCCCGCACCCCGUACCGCCCCCCUGCGGCCGCUGUGGUAGGGGCGGCUCCGGCAGCCGCGGCGGGGGCCGCAGCCCCUGCCAGCAACAGCACUCGCGGCACCAGGGGCGGCGAGGACAAGCGGCAGUUGGUGUACGUGUUCACCACGUGGCGCUCGGGCUCGUCUUUUUUCGGGGAGCUUUUUAACCAGAACCCCGAGGUAUUCUUCCUCUACGAGCCAGUGUGGCAUGUGUGGCAAAAACUGUACCCAGGGGACGCCGUGUCUCUGCAAGGGGCGGCGCGGGACAUGCUGAGCGCUCUCUAUCGCUGCGACCUGUCAGUCUUCCAGCUCUAUGGCCCUGCUGGCAGCGGGGGGCGCAACCUCACCACGCUGGGCAUUUUCGGCGCGGCCACCAACAAGGUCGUGUGCUCGUCACCGCUCUGCCCUGCCUACCGCAAGGAGGUGGUGGGGCUGGUGGACGAUCGUGUGUGCAAGAAGUGUCCACCGCAGCGCCUGGCGCGCUUCGAGGAGGAGUGCCGCAAGUACCACACGCUGGUCAUCAAGGGUGUGCGUGUCUUCGAUGUGGCCGUGCUGGCGCCGCUGCUUCGCGACCCGGCCCUGGACCUCAAGGUCAUUCACUUGGUGCGUGAUCCCCGUGCUGUGGCCAGCUCACGUAUCCGCUCUCGCCACGGUCUCAUCCGUGAGAGCCUGCAGGUGGUACGGAGCCGGGACCCGCGAGCCCAUCGCAUGCCAUUCCUGGAGGCCGCUGGCCACAAGCUGGCUGCCAAGAAGGAGGGUGUGGGUGGGCCAGCCGACUACCAUGCCCUGGGCGCUAUGGAGGUCAUCUGCAACAGCAUGGCCAAGACACUGCAGACGGCCCUGCAGCCCCCUGACUGGCUGCAAGGUCAUUACCUGGUGGUGCGGUACGAGGAUCUGGUGGGAGACCCGGUCAAGACCCUGCGGAGGGUCUACGACUUUGUGGGGUUGCUGGUGAGCCCGGAAAUGGAGCAGUUUGCCUUGAACAUGACCAGUGGUUCCGGCUCCUCCUCCAAGCCUUUCGUGGUGUCUGCGCGCAACGCCACACAGGCCGCCAAUGCCUGGCGGACUGCCCUCACCUUUCAGCAGAUCAAGCAGGUGGAGGAGUUCUGCUAUCAGCCGAUGGCUGUGCUGGGCUACGAGAGGGUGAAUAGCCCCGAGGAGGUCAAAGACCUGAGCAAGACUCUGCUCCGCAAGCCCCGGCUCUGAGGCACUUCCUGGGAGACCGGACUGGAGAUGGGAGACACCCACAGGAGGACUGUGGUGUGUUCAGCAAACAGCCCAGACACACACCGAGGAAGCCCGCAUAUUCUAUUGUAGAUAUAUAAUACAAAUAACCACACAGACACUUGCUGUCAAUGUUGAGUCAUUGAAUUUCAAGGAAUGGUCACAGUACACACACAUCUCAGAAAAGGCGAGACUUGAAAGUUCUGACCAGCUGCCCUCUCCCCUCUCCCCUGCCUUUUCUCCCUUUCUCCGUGUCUUACCCUCUCCUACCUGCCCUUCAUUUUGAAGUGGGAUACUGAUUAAAUCAAGAUCCAGUAACCCAAAUCUUGUUUACAAAGUUUUUGUGGUAUCCGUGAACAUGUAAUAGAGUAAUUUGGAUGUGGGGGGGUGGGAUAAAGAAAGGGGAAGUGGUCCAGGAGCAGAAAGCCCACUGGGCACGAUAAACCAAGGAGGCAUUCUUUUAAAGUAGACUUUUCUGUAAAAACAAAGGUUAUAUGUGAGUAUUAAUAAAGAAGAUAAUAAAUAAUACUCCUUUU